GUCCGAAAGCAAACCAUCGCGCGCGCCACUACCGCCUUCUCUACCGUAUGCAGGGGCAGCCGGGAAGCAGGGGAGGACCGGGAGGUCACGACGCACACUUCCGCCCCCGCGAUCCUCGCAGCCAAUCGGCCUCUGCUGCCCCGCCCCUUCCGCUCUGGGAGAAAACGGGCCCCAGAGCGUCUUCCGGCGGGAGCUGUGCGGCUCCUUAUCAUGGGGACAAUUCAUCUCUUUCGAAAACCACAAAGAUCCUUUUUUGGAAAGUUAUUACAGGAAUUUAGACUUGUUGCAGCUGACCGGAGGUCCUGGAAGAUACUCCUCUUUGGUGCAAUAAAUUUGAUAUGUACGGGCUUCCUGCUUAUGUGGUGCAGUUCUACAAAUAGCAUAGCUUUAACUGCUUAUACUUAUCUGACCAUUUUUGAUCUUUUUAGCUUAAUGACAUGUUUAAUAAGUUACUGGGUAAUGAUGAAGAAACCUAGCCCUGUCUAUUCAUUUGGGUUUGAAAGGUUAGAAGUCCUGGCUGUAUUUGCCUCCACAGUCUUGGCACAGUUGGGAGCUCUUUUUAUAUUAAAAGAAAGUGCAGAACGCUUUUUGGAACAGCCCGAGAUACACACGGGAAGAUUAUUAGUUGGUACAUUUGUGGCUCUUUCUUUCAACCUGUUUACGAUGCUUUCCAUUCGGAAUAAACCUUUUGCUUAUGUCUCUGAAGCUGCUAGUACAAGCUGGCUUCAAGAGCAUGUGGCGGAUCUUAGUCGAAGCUUGUGUGGAAUUAUUCCGGGACUUAGCAGUAUCUUCCUUCCCAGAAUGAAUCCAUUUGUUUUGAUUGAUCUUGCUGGAGCGUUUGCUCUUUGUAUUACAUAUAUGCUCAUUGAAAUUAAUAAUUAUUUUGCUGUAGACACUGCCUCUGCAAUAGCCAUUGCCCUGAUGACUUUUGGCACUAUGUAUCCCAUGAGUGUGUACAGUGGGAAAGUACUGCUUCAGACAACACCACCCCAUGUUAUCGGUCAGUUGGAUAAACUUAUAAGAGAGGUGUCUACCUUGGAUGGAGUUUUAGAAGUUCGAAAUGAACAUUUUUGGACCCUAGGUUUUGGCUCAUUGGCUGGAUCAGUGCAUGUAAGAAUCCGACGAGAUGCAAAUGAACAAAUGGUUCUUGCUCACGUGACCAACAGGCUCUACACACUAGUGUCUACUCUGACUGUUCAAAUUUUCAAGGAUGAUUGGAUUAGGCCUGCCUUAUUGUCUGGACCUGUGGCAGCCAAUGUCCUGAACUUUUCAGAUCAUCACAUAAUCCCAAUGCCUCUUUUAAAGGGUACUGAUGAUUUGAACCCUGUCACAUCAACUCCAGCUAAACCUAGUAGUCCACCUCCAGAAUUCUCAUUCAACACUCCUGGAAAAAAUGUGAGCCCAGUUAUUCUUCUAAAUACACAAACUAGGCCUUAUGGUUUGGGGUUUAAUCAUGGACAUACACCUUAUAGCAGCAUGUUUAAUCAAGGACUUGGAGUUCCAGGAAUUGGAGCAACCCAAGGAUUCAGGACUGGUUUUACAAAUAUACCAAGUCGAUAUGGAACUAACAGUAGAAUUGGACAACCAAGACCAUGAUGUUCUCUAACUUAUUUUUAUGAGGAAUACUGACUCUUUGACUUCCAGUUGAUUUAGUAAUCCAACUUUGCAUUGACUGUUCAAUCAUUUACUCUAAAUGUUAGAGAAUUAUAUGCUUCUUCACAUUUCAUGAAA